CUCUCUCUCGCUGGCGUUGAACGUAGACUUUUCAAGUAUUUAUCUAUACAAGAGCAGGUGAUCGAUUACGUAAGCGUGUUUUUUUUUGUUUAUGAUCCAGAGGUGAUCAAACGAUUCAGGUGGACUUGGUGGAGUCUUUUCAAUUUUUUGUGUAGAAAGACCCAUUUCGAUCAAAACUCAGGCAUUUCGACUCAGAAAAAAGAUUAAAAGAUGAAAGAGAAUCAGAGAGAAACACUAUCAAUGGUGUUGUCUGUUUUGAUUUUCGCAGCAACCUUUCAGGUCUGUUUCUCAGCUACCAAACAACUUCGUGGCAGCAUAAAGAUGCAAACCAAAUCGCCUAAACGAGUUGGAUCCUCCUUGGUUUUUCAUGUUGAAGGAGAUAUUUAUCCUAAUGGAUUUUUCUAUACUUCCAUUUACAUAGGGAACCCGCCCAAGCUUUAUUUUCUUGAUAUUGACACUGGCAGUGAUCUCACUUGGGUCCAAUGUGCAGCUGCACCUAGUGCCAAGUUACUCAAAGCACCUCACACUCCCUACAAGCCCAACAACAAUGCUGUGUUCUGCAAGGACCCUUUAUGCGCAUCUGUGAACCAACCAUCCGGUUAUCCAUGCAAGUCCCCGAAUGAUCAAUGCGACUAUGAGGUUGAAUAUGCUGACUAUGGUUCAUCUCUUGGAGUGCUGGUCAGAGACAAGGUUCCCUUUAAAUUCACAAAUGGCUCUGUCUCCCAACCCAUUCUGGCCUUUGGGUGUGGAUAUGAUCAAGCAUUUUCUGGUCCAUUUUCUCCUCCUUAUGUUGAUGGAGUCCUUGGCCUUGCCAAUGGAAAAUCAAGCAUUGUGUCACAGCUGCGCAAUCUUGGUAUAACAAGGAAUGUAAUUGGGCAUUGUUUCAGUGGACGAGGGGGAGGAUUUCUUUUCAUUGGAGACGAUAUCAUCCCUUCAGGAACUGCCUGGAUACCGAUGUUGCCCAAUUCCUUGAACCACUAUUUGUCUGGACCGGUUGACCUUCUCUUUGAUGGGAAAACUCUUGGUGCUAAGGGUCUUAACAUAGUUUUCGACAGUGGGAGUACUUACACUUACCUCAAUUCCCAAGCUUACCAAGCUACACUUUCUAGGUUGAAUAGCGGAUUGGUGGGAAAACCAAUAAGCAAAGUAGCAGACGGAAACCUCCCAGUUUGCUGGAAAGGUGCACAUCCCUUCCGUUCUGUUGGUGACAUUCGGAAAUAUUUUAGUACCUUGGAAUUGAGCUUCACAAAUGCAAAAAAUGUUCGUUUUGUAAUACAGCCUGAAGGUUAUCUCAUCCUCACUUCUCCUGGCACUGUGUGCUUGGGAAUUUUGAAUAGCGCAGAAGCAAACUUGGGAAAUUUGAACUUAAUUGGAGAUAUUUCUUUUCAAGACAAAUUGAUAAUCUAUGACAAUGAGAGACGGAUGAUUGGAUGGGCUCCUUCAAACUGUCAAAAGCCUCCCAAGUUUUGAACACGCUAUGCUUCUUAUGAAGGCCCGUAUGCUGAUUAGCAAAUAAGAGCUUAAGGCUGAAACAGGGAAAAGAAGGAAUAAAAAUUGAUGUAAUCCACAAACAAACAAACCUAUGCUUGUAACAAAAUUCAUGUAUGACAAUUCCCUUGAUUCUGAGAGUUGCUGUAGAUAAAC